AACGUAAUUAUUAAUUAUUUUGCUGCGAUACAUCUUCGUUGGAAUCCUCUGGGUAUUGUGGAAGAUACGUUCCUAUUAGUAUGAUAGCCAUGGAAAAUACUACUGGAGGAAACAGAAUGGCAUGUCCGUUUCGAUAUCUGAUGGCUGUAAUGGGAUCAAUCGGCCUCGCUAUACUUUAUGGCUUUAAAGUUAAUGCUAGCGUAGCUAUCGUCGCUAUGGUGAAUUAUACAGCUAUUAAAUCACACAUCAAAUUAUCUAUUUCAAACGAUUCAGAAACUGACAAUACCACGCUAACGAGCACAAACAUUUGCCAGUUCGAUGAUACCUCAGAUGUCACAGCGAUCAAAAAUGAGGACGGUCCAUUCGUAUGGAACGAAUUUAUUCAAGGCCUUAUUCUAUCUUCCUAUUUCUGGGGCUACACAAUAUCCAUGUUGCCGGGUGGGAGAUUAGCAGAACUCUGGUCAGCUAAGUGGCUGAUGAAUGGAUCGGUUCUGUUGAAUCUCGUUGCAUCCAUACUGACACCCAUCGCUGCUCGUACGCACUACUGGCUCUUCAUAGCUAUGAGAUUUCUUCAGGGAAUCGGUGGUGGUGUAUCAUUCCCCGCCAUGCACGUGAUGAUCGCCAAGUGGGCGCCGCCACAUGAAAGAAACGUCAUUGCCUCGAUCGUGUAUGCAGGAACGGCACUCGGCACUGUGAUUUCCAUUCUACUAACCGGCAUGUUGGCUGUAAAUCUCGGUUGGGAAUCCAUCUUCUACAUUGAAGGCGCACUUUGCUUGAUUUGGUGCACUAUUUGGUGGCUGAUGAUAGCAGAUUCCCCGGAAGAACAAACGAGAUUCAUUACUCAAGAAGAAAAGAACUAUAUCGUCAUGUCUUUGGGAGGACACAAGAAAAAUAUUUCUAAAGUGAUUCCUUGGCUACAAGUAUUUCGCUCCAAACCAUUCAUAGCAAUUCUGGUUGCUCAUUUUUGCAGUAAUUUCGGCUGGUACAUGUUACUGAUAGAAUUGCCCACCUUUAUGAAUCAGAUCCUGAAGUUCAACAUGAGCUCGAACACAGGUUUAUUGUCCAUCCCGUAUUUUUGUAUGUGGCUCUUCACCAUGAUUCUCAGCGAAGUAUUAACCAUCCUGCAGAAAAAAGGUCUCAUCACAGUAACAACAUCAAGAAAAAUCGGUACUCUUUUUGCAUCGCUCGUACCCAUGCUAUGCUUAAUACAGGUGUCAUACAUCGGGUGCGAUCGCACAAAAGCAGUCGUGUUGAUGACGAUCGCGGUGACUUGCAUCGGCGGAAUGUACUCUGGUUUCCUGGCAAACCACAUAGACAUCGCACCGAACUUUGCCGGUAGUUUGGUGGCGAUAACAAAUUUCGUCGCUACCAUACCCGGUUUCGUCGUACCGGUAUUCGUUGGACAAUUGACUCACGGAAACCAAACUAUAGAGGCAUGGAGGAUCGUAUUCCUUGUAACGAUUAUUCUAUACAUAAUCGAGAUAUUGGUUUACACUAUCUUUGGAAGCGGUAACGAACAACCUUGGAACCAGAUUGAAGCACCUGAUGAGGAAGCGAACGAUCAGACGUUACCUUUAAGGAGAAAUAAUACAAAAUAAAAGACCUUUUUCAGCGCCAUGCCGACGACGCCAUCGUUUUGAAUAGGACUGAGAGAACAAGUA